ACAAAUCCACAGCGGCCGCUGAUUCCGGUUCCCUCUCGGUAAAGGACUCCGCAGUGUUUCGGUAUCAGCGGCAGCAGUCGGGGUUCGAUCACACUGGAGAAAUGAUCAUUCACCGGGUGUUUGGAUAAAACCGACAACAAUAACAACUUGCACGCGCAAAAACAAAACAGAAACCGCAAACCUGCACGCGCUGACCGGAUCAGACUCGGUUUCGGUAUGCGGGAGGAAACCGGGACCGGACCGGAACACAACAGCCAGCGCUCCGCCAGGCAGAGAGAUUAACACCAGCUAAUGGUGUGCGCGUUGCUGUGGGCUGUAGUUAAUGAUUAUUAAUGCGGGCUUUAAUUCGGAUCAGACCAGGACAAUACCGCCGGAUCAGGCUAGCAUAGGCAGCUGCACAGCUAGUUCACACAGAGGAAGUGAGCCAGUGGAGCAUCUACGGUACCAAGAUGAACUACUCGUAGCAUUAAAAAAAAAAAAUCAAGCCAUUAAUGAAUUGCUGGAUGAAAAAGGGACCAUAAGAGGAUCUGCAUUCUCCACCAAUGACCCUGGGGAUCACCUGGCGCGUGCCAAGCGUGUGCAGCUCACAGCCAUUGUUUCAUCCUGGACACUGAUAAACAACAACAACAAUAACCUGGUGAACAUUGCGUCUGGUUUCACUGAAAAUGGCCGCCGUUGUGAAUUAUUCUCCUCCGUGGUGGGUUAACCUGCUGCACCGUCUCCCUCACUUCAACCUGCACUUCGAGCAGAUCAGCAGUGAGUUUCAGCCUGAAGACUCCUCAUACCAGCAGUCCAUUCUGCUGCUGGGAGCAGUGGCUCUCGCCUGCCUGGCCCUUGACCUCCUCUUCCUCCUCUUCUACUCAUUCUGGCUUUGCUGCCGCCGCAAGAAGAGCAGUGAGCAGCCCAAUGCCGACUGCUGCUGCACGGCCUGGUGUGUCAUCAUUGCCACCCUCGUGUGCAGUGCUGGCAUUGCCGUUGGUUUCUAUGGGAAUGGAGAAACCUGCGAUGGAGUUAACCGGCUCACUUACUCACUGCGCCACGCCAACCGUACUAUUGCCGGCAUACAGAAACUGGUAUCAGAUAGCGCCACCUCCUUGAAUCUGACCGUCGAUGAGAAUUUGCAGCAUUUGGAGAGCCAGUAUGUGAAGCACACUGAUUACCUGUCGAUUGUGCAGAAGCUGAAGGGCCAGCUGGAUGAACUGCUCAAACAGAUGGUGGAGAUCCCUUUCUGGAGCAAUCCCAGCAUCUCCCUGGAGGUUCUGGCCAUCAGGAUUGAACUCUACGACUGGUACAGGUGGCUGGGCUAUCUCGGCCUGCUCUUGUUCGAUGUACUCAUCUGCCUGCUGGUGCUCUUCGGCCUUAUUCGCAACUCUAAAGGAACUCUGAUUGGGGUCUGUUUACUGGGCGUGUUGGCACUAGUAAUCAGCUGGGGAUCGCUGGGUUUGGAGCUGGCUGUAUCCUCGAGCUCUAGUGACUUUUGUGUGGCACCAGACAUGUACGUCGCCGAAGUGGCCGAACGCUACGGAGUCAUCAACAAAGACAUCCUGCAGUAUUACCUCCAGUGCAGCGUGGGCCAAACCAACCCCUUCCAACAGAAGCUGUCUGGAAGCCAUAAGGCUCUGGUGGAGAUGCAGGAUGAUGUGUUGGAGCUCCUGCGUUCUACAGUGCGAGAAUACCCCCAAACCAAAAGCAAUCUGGAACAGAUUCAGGGGGUUUUGAACACCACCGAGAUCGGCCUGCAUCAGCUGACUGCCCUGGUGGACUGCCGCAGUCUGCAUAUGGAUUAUGUACAGGCUGUGACGGGGCUGUGCUAUGACGGUCUGGAAGGGCUGAUCUACCUGGUGCUCUUUUCCUUUGUCACAGCCCUCAUGUUCAGCUCCAUCAUCUGCAGUGUGCCUCACACAUGGCAGGGCCGGAGGCCCAGUGAAGAUAAUGAGGAAGACUCUGCUGCAUCUGGAGGAAGGCAAAACCAUGAUAACCUGUACCGGGUGCACAUGCCGAGCCUUUACAGCUGUGGCAGCAGCUAUGGCAGUGAGACCAGCAUCCCUGCAGCAGCACACACCGUCAGCAACGCCCCUGUUACCGAGUACAUGACACAGAAUGCAAACUUCCAAAAUCCUCGCUGUGAGAACACUCCUCUUAUUGGGAGAGAGUCGCCUCCCCCUUCUUACACUUCCAGCAUGAGGGCCAAGUACCUGGCCAACGCCCGGCCCGAUCCCAACAGCAGCACUGCAGCACACUAGAGAGCUCCCAGGGAUGUCCCUACACACACACACACACACACACACACACACACACACACACACACAAUGUGCCCUUGUUCCUAUGACACACAGACAGACUCCACCAGGCCCACUCAUCCUACUUCAGACAAGACAGACGUCAACACAUUCAACACUGAAGAGAGGCCCCUUGUUUACACGAUUGGCCACACUUCCAAAAAGUGGCAUACUCCUGACGUGUGUGUGAGCGCGUGCACGUGUGUGACCAUAUGUUUUACAGGUGUGUGUGUGUGUGUGUGUGUGUGUGUGUGUGUGUACAUGUUUGUUCGUACAUGCUGCCGUUGCUUUCUUGUGGUGCUUUUGCCAGAAGAGCCAAAAGCUCUAGAAGUACAAAGCCAGUUGGGGUAACUGGCGUCAAAUAACAUUCCUGCAUGACUUCAAUAACAUGAAAAUGUGUGUGUGUGUGUGUGUGUGUGUGUGUGUAAAUAGGACUAUUUGACUGGUUAAGACUCUAUACUUUCAACACGAAUACAGUACCACGUGCUCUCUUUAGCUGGAUCAGUAACACGAUAUAAACUCCACACCAGAUACCUACGUCUAUCACAUCAGGAAAAGAAUUGGCGCAAGAACUUCUGCAAUAGGAAUGAAUGUGGAUUAGACUGGUUUAAACAAGCGUAUUUUUAAAUUCACUGAUUCAGUGGUGCUAGCGAAUCUCAUGAAAUCUGAAAAGAAUACUGCCAUUAUGUAUAUGGAAAGGAAACAAGUAGCAAUAGUGAGGCUUGGGGGAGGCUUGAUGAAUGGCUUGGGGCUUAGCUGUAGUUUAAUAUUUCAUUCUCAGCUCUCUUUUAGGUGGAGUAGUGUUAAUUAAAGCCAUGGCCAGCUUUAGAAAGCCCUGUGUAAAGAUUGUCUUUCCUUUUUACUACCAUGUGUGUGCAUAUAACCACUCAGAGGUCCCCAGUGUGAUCAAAAUGAGACUUGCGCACAAUUAUAAAACAGCAGCAUUGCUGAGUAAGAGCUGCUCAGGUUCUCUUCGACAGAGAUUGCCACACUGCACACACAAUGGUCUAUGAGGGUUUGGGCACUCAAGCCCAUUCACCUCGGCUCUCUUUGUAUAUUGUACCCACUAUACAGCAGGCCUGGGAUAGCACUGCUGAUUACAGCAAGAUACUGCAUUUCUUAUGACUGUGGGAACCACAUAUCUAUUAUUUUGGUUGUACACGUCUCUGCCAUGGAAAUGACAGGUUACUGGUUAUCUCUGACAUCCGUGUUGCAUGCUUGCAGCUGUUUUUCCUCCACAGGAGGAUUUAUCAUUGUGUACUUGAGAACCUCUCUGUACUGUACAUGAACAAUGGACAAUGAACUGGACAUAUUCCUGAGCAAGCUCGGACCCAAACACGGCUGUUCGGGUUUAAUUUUUUCAUCUUUCAAAGCAGGAUGGACUCUCCGAGGAGACUCCAGCAAGUCCAGUUUACCUGAAAUGUCCAGCCCUGCUUCGUUUAACGUCCACACUGACUCCUCUUCUCUUACUCAGCAACGUUAUAACCACUAAGCUACCACAGACUCCAACAACAACUGCAGCACAUCUGGUCCAAGGAGGAAGUGCUAUAUGGAAACUUCUCCAGCAUCUCCCCAGAUGAUCAUGUCUCUUUAUCACACAUAGACACACACACACAAACACACCCACAUACAGAUGUUCAUGCAUGAUCCACCAUCCACUGUGUCUGGGUUCCUCGCACAGAUUUGAACGUGGAUGAUCUCCUGCAAAGGGUAGCGAGUUGGCCAUCGGUCUCCUGAUUUCUCACACAGCUUCCCCCCCCCUCCUCCUCUUAAACUGUACCCUGAUAUGCAAUGUUGUGCGCAAUGGUGCGAGCCAAACACAUUCCCAGUUCAGGCUGAGGCUGGAAAAAAGUUCCAUUUCCCAAAAUGCUACACAGACCAAACUGUUCCAUGUACAGUCACUUUCCUGGGAUGGAGACAUGCAUGCUGUGUAAGGACAAGUUUAGAACAGAUCAUGCAUAAUGAAAUUAAAGCUCCUGCUGGACUAGAAGGAACAUAGUAAUUUGAAAAAGUUGCAAAAGGGAUUUUGAAAGACUUGGGAAAAGGAACCUGGGUUAUUUGUGUCUUUUAGCUCAUAGUGGAACAUCUCUAGCCUUUCUGGACUGUAAGCAUUUGUUCAUUCACUUCUCUGAGGCAUGGUGACCCUUUCGAUGUGGAGUGUGAAGUGUUCUCGUGUGCUACUGAUGCUUAUUUUUUAGGUUCCUUGAAUUAUGCUAUUCUUGCAAUCAAUAAUGAGGCGAGGUUCCUCGACUGUGCCAACAACCAAACCAUGACUUUUAAUCUUUCUCAUACCUUUUAAAUGUUUCACAUGUUUAAAUGGGCCUUUUUGUACGUUCAUGACUCAGCCUAGCCUGAGCAACCAAGCAAGUCACCUGUGAACAUGAGCCUGACGUUUUAAGAAUCGUCUUUCUUUUUUUUUCUACGUGAAUGACCAUUUGUUAGUGAUGCAAUAUAUUUUUUAUUUUUUUCCAUACUCUGUUAAUUUCAUAACGCUAGAACAGUCUAUAUAUGUAUCCAUGUAUGUAUAUAGAACACAUAUGCAUACAUAUAUAGAUAUAUACACAAAUUAUAUAUAUAAUUACAAUGCAAAAUGAAGAAAACUGCAAGAGAAAUUGCAAUACCUUAGUGCGAAAUGUCACACUUCAUCUCGUUUUUUUUUCUAGUCAUUGUGGCUUUUUUUUUAAAGAAUGAUUGAUUGAUUAGUAAGCACAAUUUUUUUUUGUCUUAUGUGAAUAACUGAGUUUGGUAUUUCAUUGAAUUUUGAUUUAAUUUCUCUGUAGAUUUUCCCCCCCUUUUUUUCUUUUUUUUUCCCUUUUAAUUUUUGGCAUUUACUAAAAUAUUGUACAUGUUAAACCUGUGGUUUUAUUCAGCUUGAUCUCAGUGUUUUCAGAUUAAAAUA